AUAAUAAUUCUAUCACUCUCUAAUUCCCCCACACAAACCUAAAAAUUCUACAAAACUCCUCAUUCUACCACUCUCCCCCAUCCCUUUCUUUAUUUCAUUUUCACACAAAUCUCACAACCCCACACCCCCCUUAAUUUAAUUUAUUAAUAACACCCAACAAUCAUUCUCCAACAAGUAUCUUUCUUUAUUUGUUUAGUUAAUUUAAAUUAAUAAUGGGUUGCACCACGUCCAAGAUUGAUGAUCUACCGGCGGUGACUCUUUGCCGUGACCGUUGCACCUUUCUUGAUGAAGCUAUUCAUUACCGUUACGCUUUAGCUGAAGCCCAUUUAGCUUAUCUUCACUCACUCAAAAACAUUGGCCUCUCUUUACAUAAUUUUUUCCAACAAAAUACUCAUCUUUCUAACUCUAAUUCUACCCCUCAUUCACCUAAAAAUGACCCCCCUAGACAUCCUGUUAAUGUUGCCAUUGAUGAGAAUAAUGUUUCUCACUCUAGUUCUAGUUCACAUCUUCAUUUUCAUUCUGAUUCUGAUGAUGAUGACCACGUGUCCCGUUCUGAACUUCUUCAUCAUCAUCAUCAGUAUGGUCCGUUUGUUUAUGGGGAUCAAGAAAUGCUUGGUUUAGAUGGUUUUAUGCAUAUGAAUUUUAUGAGGAACCAAACAAUGCCUUCAGUUACUUAUGAACAACUACCAAUGAGUACUGAUACUGUUCAUAUGAGUGAACCUGUACACUCUACUUCUUAUUAUCCUUAUGCCAAUAACCCGAACCUGAAUCCAAACCCGAACUCUUAUGACAACUACUCGGGUUAUCCGAAUUAUGGUGGGGCUGUGGUGGGGCCCACAUUGGUGGCUUCGAGUUCGAAACAACCACCGCCACCACCGUCACCGCCGAGGAGUUCACCGUGGGAAUUCUUGAACGUUUUUGAGAGUUAUCCUGUGUUAUAUACGCCAAGUAGUAGAAGUAAAGACUCAAGAGAGGUGAGAGAAGAGGAAGGUAUACCUGAUUUGGAAAAUGAUGAGGAUUUUGAACAUCAUGAUGUUGUUGUUAAGGGAGUUCGUGAGGAUGAAAAAAGGUUUGUGGAUGAGGUUGUUAAGGCAGUUGAGGUGAAUGAGAAUGAGAAGGGUGUUGAUUCAGAGUCGAUACAACACCGGUCGAGGCCGAGUUCAUUGAACGAGGAUGAGGAUGAUCCGGUUGAGUAUGAAGUGCACAUGGUGGAUAAGAAAGUGGUUAAUGAGGAGGAGAGCCGGGGAAAUGUAGCUAGUUUUAAGAGCGAUUCGGAUGUUGUGAAGGAGAUUCAGGUUCAAUUUGAGAGAGCUUCGGAGUCGGGGAAUGAGGUUGCUAAGAUGCUCGAGGUUGGAAAACUUCCUCACAACCGUAAGCACGCCACAUAUCAAGUUUCUUCCAAGAUGUUGCACUCCAUUGCCCCUUCCUCGUCUGUACUCGCCCUACCUUCUACAUCAAAGAAUGCUGCGAUUGAGGUUGCUGAUUAUGCCAUUUUAGAUGUAGAAGGAGAUAUUAGUUCAAGGCCUAGAAACAUUUCUUCUACAUUACAGAAGCUGUACCUCUGGGAGAAGAAACUGUUUGAGGAGGUUAAGGCGGAGGAGAAGAUAAGGGUGCUUCAUGAAAGGAAAAGUCGAAAGCUGAAGCAAUUAGAUGAAAGGGGUGCCGACUCUCACAAGGUUGACAUGACCAGAAAAUUGGUUUUAAGUCUCUCCUCAAAGAUUAGAAUUGCAAUUCAGGUAGUUGAUAAGAUUUCUGAGAAGAUAAACAAGUUGAGGGAUGAAGAGUUGUGGCCACAACUGAAUGAACUCAUUCAGGGGUUAAGUAGAAUGUGGAAAUCGAUGCUGGAUUGCCAUCGCCACCAAUGCGUAGCCAUUGAAGCUGCAAAACGAUUAGAUGACAUUGCAUCGCACAAACACUUCAGUGAUGCUAAUCUUGAAGCCACUCUGCAACUUGAGCAUGAGCUUUUGAACUGGACUUUGAGUUUCUCUUGUUGGGUGAGCGCACAAAAAGGCUAUGUAAGAGCAUUGAACAAUUGGCUUAUGAAAUUUCUUCUAUACGUGCCUGAAGAAACAGACGAUGGAAUAGCUCCCUUUUCUCCUGGUAGGAUUGGCGCUCCCCCUAUUUUUGUCAUUUGUAAUCAUUGGUCACAAGCAUUUGAAAGGGUUUCUGAGAAAGAGGUGGUUGAUUGUAUGCGAGAUUUUGCUACAAAUGUGCUUCAGCUCUGGGAGCGAGAUAAGCUGGAAUUGCGCCAAAAGAUGAUGGUGAAUAAGGAUAUGGAGCGACAAGUGAAGAACCUUGAGAGGGAAGACCAGAAGAUACAAAAGGGGAUUCAUGCACUAGACAAAAGAAUAGUUCUGGUCUCUGGUGAGGAAAAUAGUCUCUCAUUAAAUAGGCAUGUUUACCAGAGCGAGACUAGCAAAAAUAGUAGUUUUCAGGUUGGUCUACAACGUAUAUUUGAGGCCAUAGAAAGGUUCACUGCUAACUCCUUGAAGGUAUACGAGGAGCUUUUGCAACGUAUUGAGGAGGAUAGAUUUGCUCGAGAGCCUGAGGCAGUGUCAUAGCAUUGCUUGCUCUUUCCGGCACCCGGAUAUGCUUAUUCUCUAAUUAGAAAUUAUAGAGAUUCCAGGUUGGGAGACAAAGGGAAAUGAAGCCUCGUCGGACUUGCUACUCUUGCUGUAGCAUUGUUACAGCUUGAUCAGUUUCAUCCUCCUUCGCAGAAAACAGAUGUAAUAAACUAAGCUGACAGCAAUAUGCCUUUUGAGUUGUUGCAACGGGAACUUUUUGCAAUGCUCAGAUCAGAUAUUCUUGAACCUUCAAUUUUAGCAGUCUCCUUGGAUUUGUUCCAACAAUAAUAUACUUACCAGGCAGGAAAUGUUUAAAGAUGAAAACUGUCUUGUUGGAACUACUGUUGAUGAACAUCUGAAAAUUGAUUGCUGGAGAUAAUCAGAUGGACUUGACUUGAAGUCUAGGAUCACCAAGCUGGGGUGUCGGGAAGGAGGGGGGGAGUGAUUGGUUCGGGUUGUUAUUGGCAAGAGGGAGGUGCGUGAUGCCGGGACGCCAAGCUGGAAUGUCGGGAGAAUAGAGGUAUUGGAGUCGUUCUUUCGAGACCAACGACACUUCAUUUUUGUAAGGGGUGUUCUGCGACUGAGGCUGUUUGGUGAUGUAAGUCAUGAAACUGCAGUUGCCUGACAUUAAGCAUGGGAUCAGACUAGAGAUAUUACAUUAGUUGUAUUUUGGUUGUUGAAUAGGGACGUGUUUCUUAAGAAUCCGGCGCCAAAAUGGCUUUCUAGCUUAAAGACAAAAAUGGCAUGUCCUUAUUUUUUCUAUACCAAAAUGGGUUUUUCGUUGGGCAACCAACUAAAUGUUAAAUAACAUUAACGUCUCUGUCAUUUUGUUAAAAAAAAAAUAAUUUUAAAAUACCAUUUCGUUGAGCUACCAGCGAAAUGUUUUAAUUUUUUUU